CCGAGCAAACCACUAAGAACUGGAGAGGCGCGCGGGGCGGUUCAGGGCUGGCGCAUUUGGUGAGGAGCUUGACACCGAGGCCCUUAGGGUCGGCUUAGGCGGUUCCCUGGCCCAGGCGCCAGAAAAGGGGCCGGCUCAAGCAGGCACGGGCGGCGUGCAGUACAGCACACCUGGCCCCGAUUCUUCAACAGUUCUCGUCUUCCGAGCCUGUCACAGCGGGCUUCACCGAGACCGUUACACCGCCACCACAAGACUCUGUGAGGGGGAUCACCACCCCGAAAAAGAGGAGGCGACUAGGAGACGCGCAAUCCCGCGAGACCAAGAGGCCCCGCCCGAAGCCCGGCCUCCGUGACCGGAAGUAAGACACUUGGCCCCGCCCCCCGUACCCGAUACCUCGCGAGACUUGGGGAAGGCCUUCCUUUUUCGUCUGGGCUGCCGACAUGCCAUCCAGACUGAGGAAGACCCGGAAACUUCGGGGCCACGUGAGCCACGGCCACGGCCGCAUAGGCAAGCACCGGAAGCACCCCGGAGGCCGCGGUAAUGCUGGUGGUCUGCAUCACCACCGGAUCAACUUCGACAAAUACCACCCAGGGUACUUUGGGAAAGUUGGUAUGAGGCAUUACCACUUAAAGAGGAACCAGAGCUUCUGCCCAACUGUCAACCUUGACAAAUUGUGGACUUUGGUCAGUGAGCAGACACGGGUGAAUGCUGCUAAAAACAAGACUGGGGCUGCUCCCAUCAUUGAUGUGGUGCGAUCGGGCUACUACAAAGUUCUGGGAAAGGGAAAGCUCCCAAAGCAGCCUGUCAUCGUGAAGGCUAAAUUCUUCAGCAGAAGAGCUGAGGAGAAGAUUAAGGGUGUUGGGGGGGCCUGUGUCCUGGUGGCUUGAAGCCACAUGGAGGGAGAUUCAUUAAAUGCUGACUACUUUUUC